AUGGCUCCUUUAUUAGACAACCCAAAUGACGCAGUAUUACCAGAUUUCAGGACAGCUGAUCACACAACAGCCAGGGCUAGACUCGUAGCCAACAGUGUCGGCAAUGAUGCUCAAGCAGCAGAGCUUUUAGCAACCUUGUGGACGUUAAACAACAAUACAGCCAGAGAGCUCUGGGCAGAGCAAAUUGAAGAAGCUGCUAGAGAUGCCAAAGAACAAACCAUCGCGGAUGAACAAGAAGCAGCUCACAAAGAGGAACAAAAGAAAAACAAGUCCAAAUUCGUUCCUAAGUUGAAAGCAGGAGAGUAUUGUGAGCUCUACUAUUUCACUAAUAAAGGCUUGAAGGAUGCUAAGAAGAGUCUACUCGCAACCGAAUCACCAGGUCUAACAUUAACAACAAACACUGAUGGACAACAAACGUGGAUUAACUCUGACGAAACUCGUGACCCCAAAGCUGUCAUCACCAAGGACGAGAAUCUGUCCUGGGAACAUUUCAAUGAAGCUGCCCCAUGUAUGAUCACGGCCAUGAAGCAACAUGAGUGGCCAGAGGAUAGAGUCGACAUGCACAUCAAAUUCUGGACUGCACUCCAGAACCAUCGAUGGAGACACACUUUCGACACCUUAAAGCAACGAGCGCUGCUAUUUUAUCAAAGCCAGCAGCGUAGACUGUGGCACCUCACAGCCGGUGGCCCCUUUGGGUGGAGUAUAGCUGAACUCAACCAGGAUUUAAUCCUGGAGGCUAGAGAAGAGAUUUUCAAUGAAGAUCACGACCUAGCACUCGCUGUGCUCAGACAGGUACAUUCAUUCCGAAGUCUACUUGCAAAAUCUGACUGA